AUGCACUUUGCUUUUCCCUUUAUCGUGGCACAGUGCGCAGUUUGGGCAACCUCAGCGGGGCACCUUGGAAAUUUGAUGAAUGGCAUCUCAGACUUUGACAUAAAGGGGUACUUUGAAGAUGAAAUACGCGAGCUUGAUUACCAACAAUUUCUGGGCGAACUCCAGUCGAUCUAUUCCAUUUUGAAAGAAGGUGAAGAGUCGCUGUCGCGUCGAUCUUACGAGCCCAGUCCCAGGCGUCUUCCCGAUUUAUUCACGGAAGAGGCGUCAGCGAGAAGUGACAAAGGACAAUCAUGGAACAAAUUUCUUGUUUAA